AAAAUCCCCGGGCCGGAAUUGGCUUCGUUAUCUUUUUCUCACGUAACGGAGCUCGUCAACUGUCAACACGGAGCCUAGACCCCCAAAAAUAACUGCGCUGCGUUCUCACACAAUGACGAAAAUGUUGGAAACGACGACAUUUAGCAUAAUAUCCCGGAAUAAAACUUUGUGUGUGUAGACUUUCAGACCGUGGUUACGUCAGGUUUGGAAGGAGGGAUGCCCGUGGAGAGCGGGAGCAGCGCUGCCGCCCGUCAGGCCAAGCAGAAGAGGAAGUCCCACAGCUUGUCCAUCCGCCGGACCAACAGCACCGAGCAGGAGCGCUCCGGCCUGCAGAGAGACAUGCUGGAGGGACAGUCCUCUGAUAAUCUGGAAUCCCUCAUGAGAAUGGAGGACUCCAAACUGCCCCUGUCUCUGAGGAGCAAUCUGCUGGACCUGUUCAGUCAGAUCGAGAGGGAGUUUGAAAACCUCUACAUAGAAAACCUGGAAUUGCGCCGAGAAAUCGAAACGCUGAAUGACCGUUUGGCUGCAGACGGGCAGACCUUCGAAGGGGCAGAUUUAGCCAAAGGAGCCCUAAAAACAAAAGCGAGCCAUAGCACCAGCCAGCUGUCACAAAAACUAAAGACGACCUACAAGGCAUCCACAAGCAAGCCGCGUUCAAACUCUUGCCAUGCCAGAGUAGGUGGAUCCCGCAACUUCAGCGUAUCCGGCUGGGAGUUGUGGGGUGGAGACUCAUGGAUCGUGUCCAGUUUCAAAGCGACCACGUCCAGAGCGGUGUGCCAGCUGGUAAAGGAGUAUGUCAGCCACAGAGACGGCAUCUGGGACCUGAGCGUCACCAGGACACAGCCUGUGGUGCUCGGUACUGCAUCUGCAGAUCACUCUGCGAUGCUGUGGAGCAUUGAGACGGGAAAGUGUCUCCUUAAAUAUAUGGGCCAUCAAGGAUCAGUCAACUCCAUCAAGUUCCACCCCACGGAACAGAUGGCUCUGACAGCCUCUGGAGACCAGACGGCUCACAUCUGGAGAUACAUGGUGCAGCUGCCGACUCCGCAGCCAGUUGCUGACAUCAGCCAAACAGCCUGCGAAGAUGACGUGGACUUCUCGGAUAAAGACGAGGCCGACGUCGAGGUGGACGGUGCAAGCGACUGUCCGUCUGUCCGCGUGGCGACCACAACUCUACGCAGCCAUCAGGGGGUGGUGAUCGCCGCUGAUUGGCUGGUCGGAGGCAAGCAGGUUGUGACGGCCUCCUGGGACCGGGCCGCCAACCUGUACGACGUGGAGACCUCCGAGCUGGUCCACUCUCUCACUGGUCACGACCAGGAGCUGACCCACUGCUGCACACACCCCAACCAGCGUCUGGUGGUCACCUCGUCCAGAGACACCACCUUCAGGCUGUGGGACUUCAGAGACCCGUCCAUCCACUCGGUCAACGUCUUCCAGGGACACACUGACACGGUGACGUCCGCCGUGUUCACGGUGGGCGACAACGUGGUGUCCGGGAGCGACGACCGGACGGUCAAAGUUUGGGACCUGAAGAACAUGAGGUCGCCCAUGGCAACCAUCCGCACCGACUCCGCUGUCAACAGGAUCAGCGUGUCGGUGAACCAGAAGAUCAUCGCUCUUCCUCACGACAAUCGGCAGGUCCGGCUGUUCGACAUGUCCGGGGUGCGACUGGCUCGACUCCCACGAAGCAACAGACAGGGUCACCGUCGGAUGGUGUGCUGCUCCGCCUGGUGUGAAGACAACACCUCCUGCAACCUUUUCACCUGUGGCUUCGACCGGCAGGCCAUCGGCUGGAACAUCAACAUCCCCGCCCUGCUGCAGGAGAAAUGACCUCCUGCUGCCGUCCCUUUACUGUGAAACUCCACCCAGAGUCUGUCUUUUGGAUCCUGCAGGCUUAAAAGGUGGCUUUAAAAAAAAAAAAAAGGUAUCCUUGUGUCCUUGUCUGUGAAAACGUCUCGCAUAAAGUAAUCAACGUAACUUCAGCUAUCGCUCAAUGACGGAUAAAACGACAGACGUUUGAGUUUACAGGAGGUCAGUUUUUGACACGCCUCUCUCACUCUGACCUCACCCAGACUGAGGAGGGCAGGAAAG